AUGUUUCCCAUCAAGACGACCACAAAGUCUGUCAUGCCCCCCAUGAGGAUUGCACAGGUCUUGAAAAGCUUUCAGAAGACCCAUGGUCUGCAGAGAUUCCACACAAAUCAAGCUUCUGUGCAGCCUGUGAAAGAAGUCUUGCCCAGUCAAGCAUCCUCCAACUUCUACACAAAACAAGUCCCUUCGCUGCAGCUUGGGGAGAAAGAAGGCUGCACUGAUCAAACAUCCUCCACCAGCAGUGCCAGCACCAUAGAACCAAAACUGCGCACCUGUCCCUAUCUAACGACAUACAUCCCAAACCUGCAAAGCACCAAAGACCAAUACAACCAAAUAGCUGUCCACUUCGAAACGCGCGUCAAGUACCUCUGGAAAAAGAUCUGGUUCGGCCUGUACCAAGUCGAACACGAAGACGAAGACGGCCUCACGCACGCCACCAAGAUACGCAAACUCUAUGCGGGCGCCGGCAUGGGACACUUACUCCGUCAACCAUAUCACCAAGAUGCGAACGUCAAAUUUCGGGGGUAUUGGGAGUUCGUCGGGUUGGGCAAAUUGUCCGAAGUACUGGUUGAAUCUGGUCCGACGGAUUGCUGGCCCGUCAUCGGACGUUUAAAGAUGUACGACGGUAUGGCGUUGGACAAUAUGCAGCACAUCUCGCUUCUGCUAAACGAGUACGAGAAACAAGUCUACAAGUUAGCGGAGCUGUAUCAUUUCUUGGAGCUGCAGCAGAUUCCGCAGUUCAAUUGUGAGAAACCGACAGAUGGACAUGUGAAGGUGGUGCUGCGAGGGUUUCAGGAACGGGCGGGUCGGAUUGUGAUGGUGCUGUCGAAGCUGGAUUUGCAGAUGGGUGCCUUGCAGCGGAGUAUCAACAAGGAGGCGUCGAUGCUUCAUGGUCGGUUGGAUGGGCCGGAGAUGUUGGAUUUCAAGAAGGAGGUCCUCAAGCCUUGA